UGUGUCCUUAGAUACAGUCGAUGUUUAUUCAGACAGCAACGGGUACAGUCAUGAUCCGCGGACGUAUUUCGAAACUAUCCGCUAUAUACCCUGGUAGUUGGAGCGAGCAGUCAGUGUUUUUUUUCGCGGACUACGCAUAACAGGAUUGGAAUGGCCGAAAUAACAGACGGUAAAGAAUGGUCCAACCACCUGUGCGGAUGUUUCAACAACAUCAACACCUGCCUUCAAACGUUUAUCGUGCCAUGCGUAACGUACGGACAGAACGUGGAGGCCUCUGGGGAGUGUCAUUGUAUCGUAGGUGCGCUGGCCGCAUUCGUACCGAUCUAUAACUGGAUCCUCUGGGCAAAGUCGCGCGGGAAGAUUCGAGAGAUGAAGGGAAUUCGAGGGGAUAAAACCAACGACUGCCUCACGAUCAUUUUCUGCGGUUUCUGUGCCCUGAAUCAGGAAAACAUGGAAAUGUUUCCCGCACAACCUAGCUCUCAAAGUAUGGCGCGAGAUUAGAGAGGCGGAAGUGCGCGAGAUUACUUUUUUUGUAAGGCGUCGAGCACUUACAACUUUUUAUCGAGAUUUGUUUUUACCAGUACGUAACCGUCCAUAAAGAUCAAAGAAUAACUUUUAUUAUUUGUUUUAAUCAGUGUUGAAGUAUUUUUAUAUGUUCGAAAUAUAAUACUGUAUUAUGCUUAUGUUAUAAAAUGUGUAGUUAUUUAUGACCAUGUAAACAUAUCCGUUGUAAUACUAAAAUGGAGUCUCAUUCUUGUGCCGAUGUUUAUGAUGUCGUUUUGGGCUCAAUGUGAUAUCUUUAUGGAACAAUAAAUACAGAUGUAUGAA